AUGCUGAUUCCUGCUGCCGUGGGGCUGCUGAUGCUGGUGGCAGUGGCUGAGUUUCUCAUUGGCCUGGUUGCAAACGGAGUCCUUGCUGUCUGGAGUUUUAGAGAAUUGGUCAGGAAAUUCAAGGGCUCUGUCUACAAUCUCCUUAUCCUGGGUCUGGCUGUCUGCAGAUUUCUCCUUCAGUGGCUGACUAUGAUGGACUUAAGCCUGUUUCCAUUUUCCAAGAGCAGACGUUGGCAUCGUCUGCUCAAUACCUUCUGUGUCCUGAUAAGCCAGGUCAGCCUGUGGUUUGCCACUUUCCUCAGUGUCCUCUACUGCAGGAAGAUCACCACUGUUGAACACCCUGUCUGCUUGUGGCUGAAAGGGAAGACAAAGACUUAUUUGCCCAGUCUCUGGGGACUUCUGGGGUGCCUCGUGAUCAGUUUGUUGGUUGUAGCUCACAUUGACUUAAAGCUCCACAGUUCUUCCCAAGGAAACAGCAGCCUUCUGUACCUCCGCUCACCUUGGCGCUUUGUGUAUAUCUAUAUGGUCCAGCUCAGUUUAGGAAGUGGGUUGCCUUUCAUGGUGUUUCUUUCCUCUGGGAUGCUGAUAGUGUCUUUGUAUAGACGUCACAGGAAGAUGCAGGUGUGCACAUCUGGUAGGAGUGAUGCUUGGGCCGAGGCUCACAUCACUGCCCUGAAGUCCCUGGGUUGCUUCUUUGUUCUCCACACUGUUUACGUGCUGGCUGUCCCCUUUUCUGUCAGUGCCAAGUCUUCCGCUCGUCCUACCUCUCUCUUCAUCUCCGAGACACUUAUGGCUGCUUAUCCUUCUCUUCAUUCUGUCGAACUGAUCAUGGGUAACCCCAGGGUGAAGCAGUCUUGUCAGAGAAUCCUGCGGAAGGCAGCGUGUGCUUAGAGGUCCUGGGGCCCAUAA